AUGCUCCUUUUUAAGACAACAUUCGCUUCAUCUCAGUACUCAAUAACUGAUUGUUUCAUUUCAAAACAAAAGCAUAUAUAUUAUAUUAUAAUACUUAGUUCUACUACUACUACAACAACAAUGUCUGAAAGUAACACCAACACCAAUGAAGUUACUGCAACACCAGUAGCUGCUGCUGCUACACCAGUAGUUGCUGCAGGAGGAGACGCUGCACCAAAGAGAGAAAAGAGAGAAAAGAAGGAAAAGAAGGAAAAGAAAGAGGUAGUAGCCAAGCCAAUCAGUGGUAAGGAGGCCAAGGACAAGCUCAACGGUGCUGGUGUCGCCAAGGAGGAAGAUUUCUCUGAAUGGUACACCAACGUCAUUACCAGAGCCGAGAUGGUCGACUAUUAUGACGUCUCUGGAUGUUAUAUCCUCCGUCCAUGGUCAUACUCGAUCUGGGAACAAAUCCAAGGAUUCUUUGACGGCGAGAUCAAGAAACUCGGUGUCCAAAACGCCUAUUUCCCAUUGUUUGUCUCUGAAAAGGCCCUCGCCACCGAAGAGGACCACAUUGAGGGUUUUGCACCUGAAGUCGCUUGGGUCACCAAGAGUGGUCAAAGCGAGUUGAGUGAGCCAAUCGCCAUCCGUCCAACCUCUGAAACCAUCAUGUACCCAGCCUACGCCAACUGGAUCCGUUCGCAUCGUGAUCUUCCACUCAAGCUCAACCAAUGGGUCAACGUUGUGCGUUGGGAGUUCAAGCGUCCAGUACCAUUCCUCAGAUCACGUGAGUUCCUCUGGCAAGAGGGUCACACUGUCUAUGCCACCAAAGAGGAGGCUGACAAGGAGGUGUUCAACAUCCUCCGUCUCUACAAGCGUGUCUACGAAGAUCUCUUGGCCGUUCCAGUCGUCGAGGGUAUCAAGUCGGAAAAGGAAAAGUUUGCCGGUGGUCUCUACACUUCGACCAUCGAAGGUUUCAUUCCAUCCAACGGACGUGCCAUUCAAGCCGCCACAUCUCACGCUCUCGGUCAAAACUUCUCCAAGAUGUUCAACAUUGAGUUUGAAAACACCGAUGGCAAGAAGGCACUCGCAUGGCAAAACUCGUGGGGUUUGACCACCCGUUCGAUCGGUGUCAUGGUCAUGGUACACGGCGACGACAACGGUCUCGUCCUCCCACCACGUAUCGCCCCCAUCCAAGUCGUCAUCCUCCCAUUCUACUUCAAGGACACUAGUUCUGAAGAGAUUGACAACAAGGCUGCCGAGGUACUCGCUCUCCUCCAAGCUGCCGGUAUCCGUGCUCAAGUCGACAACCGUACCGGUUACAGUCCACGUGACAAGCACGUCCACUGGGAACUCAAGGGUGUCCCCAUCCGUAUUGAAAUCGGUCCAAAGGAUCUCGUCAACAAGGUCGUCGUCUUUUGUCGUCGUGAUGUCCCAGGCAAGGAAGGCAAGUUCUCUGUGCCAGAAGAAGGUCUCGCUCUCAAGACCAAGGCUGUCCUCGACGAAAUCCAAGCCAACCUCUUGGCUCGUGCCACCAAGACCCGUAACGACAAUGUCUCUGUCAUUACCAAAUGGGAGGAAUUCAUUCCAGAACUCGACAAGAAACAUAUCGUCCUUGCCCCAUGGUGUGAAGCUCCAGCCUGUGAAGAAAACAUCAAAAAGGUCUCCAACGAAGAGUCUCUCAAGAACGCCAAGAACAAGGCCGAGUCUGAAAAGGGCUUCUGUCUUACUGGUGCCGCCAAGUCUCUCUGUAUUCCAUUGAAUGUCGAAGAUGUCGACAAAAAGGUCCCAGCCCUCACUGGAGAAACUCAAUGUUUUGGUUGUGGUUGUGAAUCCAAAGCCACCAAAUGGACUCUCUUUGGUAGAAGUUAUUAA